GUUUAGUUAUAUACGUCUACUAUAAUUUACUUGUUUUCAUUAAAAUUUUAUACUAAACUUUGCUUUUCAUAAUAGAUUUAGUGUGUAGAUAAAUGUGAAUCUGGACACAGAAAUUGAAAUUAAGAAGACAUUUGGAUUCGGAACUACAUGGAAUGAGAGAGUGUAUAAAGGAAAGCGUAAGCAUACUAUGCCGAAUGGUGCCCGCCACUUUUUCCUAGAGAAAUAUCCUGUGCGCAUAACCUCGGAAUCAGGAAUCGAACUCACGACCACUGGCUUGCUGGACCAGCAGCCUAUCACUCCCUAUUACGCCACGAUAGACAUUAGGUACUUGGGAAAUGAGAGUCCUAUACAAAGCGUACCUGGUGUGUGUUAUUAUUGGCAUGUUCGGUGUCAUCUAUUUCGACUCAUCCGGAAAUGUCAUUUCUUCUUACCUCCAUUCGAUAAUCAAUAGAUUUAAAACAUGUGAAAUACAUUCGCCACUCUCUGAUGAAUAUGUUUACACAGACAACAACACUUGGAGAAUUUUGUGGUAUGAUAUUCCGGUUUAUCUUAAGAAGGCAGUAACAUAUUUCGAAAUACAUGGACAAAAAUGUGAAAAUGUAAGUUUGCAAUGUAUUAUAUCAACAGAUAGUUCUGAGAUAAUGAGAAGCAAUGUUGUAGUUUUCUCAGAGUCAACACUGCCAAAAUGUCCUCCUUUCAAGAGAACGUCUCAAAUAUGGUGCUUAAAUACUAUGGAAAACGGAAAUUUUACGACUUGGCCAACCGAAGUCUGGGAGAAAAGCUUUGAUUGGAUAAUGUCUUAUCGCAGAGACGCCCACGUUACAAGACCUUACGGUAAAAUCCUCAAGCUUGACAAAAGUAAUGAUAGAAAUUACUCCGACGUUUUUCGGCAGAAAACAAAGUUCGGGGUUUGGAUGUCAAGUCACUGCCCCACCCCGUCUCGACGCGAGGAGUACAUUACCCAACUUCAGAAAUACAUACAAGUCGAUACGUUUGGAAAAUGCGGACAGAACACGUGUGGAGUUCAAAAUCCCAGCAUGAAUGAAUGCUUAAAGAACUUUGCAAGGGACUACAAAUUUUAUUUCUCAUUCGAGAACAACAUUUGCCGGGAUUACUCCACAGAAAAGGUGUUUAACUUGUAUGAACACAAUCUGAGCGUAAUUCCGGUUGUGAACGGUCCACCACAAGUGACAGACUACCUACCGAGGGGAACGUUCAUAAACGCGCUAGAUUUCACUUCUCCAGAGUCACUGGCAAAGAAGUUGACGGAAAUUGGAUCAAGUGAAAAUUUGUACACUCAGUAUUUAAAAGAAAAAGAUAAAUAUUUUUCGCUAAACGGAUUGGACAUUUUUCGAGAAUCAAUGUGUACAAUAUGCAGAAAGCUGGACCAUAUGAAAGGAAUAAACAGAACAAUAAAAGCAAGCAAUGCACAUGUGAUAAAAAUGUAUAAAACUGAAUGUUGAUAUGCUAAUUAAAAUGUUUUGGAAGCAAUUACUAGUAUUGACUAUGGAUAGCCUUUCUCAAAACUUGUAUACGUUCAUGUCUAAUGCAUGUAUGUACAGAAAAGGGAAUGAUAAUUAUUUAUAUUCAUGUAACCAAGCGGGGAAAGUCGGACUGAUCAUGAGAGUUCCGUGCACAAAGUCUUACAAAACAAAAUUUCUCACAAGAGCUCUAUGUUUACUAGACCGUAUCUGACCGUGUGAGCCAAACCAAAUCCUUCCAGAUCGGAGGAUGAAAUCUCUGGUUUAAAAAUCUCUGGUUCAAUUAAGAUACUCCAUGGUUUUGUCAAAUAAAGAUAAAGAAUAUACAUGUAUAGGUCUCAAAUGGUGCUUCUGCAUUAAUUUGAGGCACUUAGAAUGGGAACUCUACGACUGACCUAUGCUUCUUGCACUUAGCGCUUGUUCUUUCAUCGACGGAACAACGUUUAGCAGAGUGUCUGAUCUCAAAAUCGUUUACUGUUACUCGUAUACUUGCGAUUUAUGAUCAUAUUUAUACAUUCCAAUUGCCACGUAAACAAAGACGAUGCUAUUUGAUUGACGAAACAUUGAUCAACCUAUAUUUAUUACCAUGCACAUCAAAAGAUCAAUGGUUUAUCGCCCGAAAACUUAAUUGGCGCAGUGCAUGUGGUUAGCGUUAUAUUUUUAUGUGAUUGUAUAUCAGAAAAAAGAGGUAAAAUGUUGAUGCAUUAGCAAAUAAAACUUUUUGGGGUUUAGAAUUUUUAAUAUAAUUAUAGAGGGCAUAAAUAUCCUACCAAAUGUCAUGAACUCAGGAA